AUGGAUAAGGGUGGCGAGUCGGACUUUGGGAGCAUCCUCAACUGGCGGGAUCUGGGCUCCACCCCCGGCACGCGCGUCGCGCCCGGCCGCGUCUUCCGCACCGCGACGCCCGGCAGAUCCAGCGAGGAGGACGCGGCGACCAUCGUCGGUCUCGGCGUCGCCAGACUCCUGGACCUCAGAUCGUUGGACGAGUUCGAGCCAUCGCCCGGCGCCCUCCAGUCGCGGUUCCAACUUCGGUCUUUCACCAGGCCCGCCGACGCCGCCGAUCCAUCGACCGGCGCGGCGUCCACCUCGACCGCCAUCGCCGCCUUUCGCGCGUCCAUCCUGGACGACGUCGACGCCGGAAGGGCGGUCAGGUACCACGCGCCCCUCCUGGACUACGACAGAUACUACCGGUCAAUCUACGAACGCAUGGAGGGUGUAGAGCGCGUCAAAGCCGCGGUGUACGCCGUGCAGGCUAAACUGUACGACGACACGAACCAGCGCAGGCUGUUCGUGCGCAAGGUGAACGCCGGGGGCUUGACGCUGCUGAACGAGGUCAUGGUGGACGGCAGCGGGCCAGAGAUUGCGGCUGCGCUCUGCGUGCUCUCCGCGACGACGCCAGGCGGCGCCACCGCGUUUUACUGCAAGGCUGGCAAGGACCGGACGGGCCUCGUCGCGGCGCUGGCGUUGCACUGCUGCGGCGCGAGCGACGACGCGAUCGUGGCGGACUACACGCGGAGCCAGGGGAGCGGUAAGGCGGCGCUGGGCGGCGGAAAGACGGAAGGGGACGGGACGGCGAUUGACUAUUCUAGAUUCCACGGCGCUCCCGAGACGAUCAUGCGCGACACGCUGAGUUACAUCAGACGCGGGUACGGGUCCGUGGAGGGAUACCUGGACCGCGUGGGUUUCGACGCGGACGCGAGGCGGACGCUGGCGAGGGCGCUUUGCGAGUAG